AUGCUGGAGGGAUGUCAUCUAGAUCCUCCAGUGGAAUGCUGGAGGGAUGUCACAGGACAAAAAGGUCCAAGUACAGCAGUUACAGAGGGGAAUGUCUCCGGACAAAAAGAUCCAAGUACAGAAAAUCCUAAAAAUUCACAGGUCAAAAAGAUCCAAAUACAGAAAAUCCUGCAAACCUAUGAUGUAGCCAUUUUCACAAUUAUGGAAGCUAACAUUUCGGAUGCCAAAACUGAACGACAUCAGCGAGCAUUUUCCUCUUGGCUUCAAGCGACAUCAGUGAGCAUACUCGCGACUUGCUCCUGGCUUCAAGCGACAUCAGUGAGCAUACACGCCGUAUUUCCUCUUGGCUUCAAGCGACAUCAGCGAGCAUACACGCCGCACGACGAUCCUGGUUCUGGUCACAAACCAGUCAUUGCUACUAAAGUGCAAAAGUCUCCUGGCGAAGACGGUAUUCAUGCGGAAUUUCUAAUUAGGAUGGGACCAACAGCCAAGGAAACCAUGCUGACGCUAUUCAACAAAAUCUGGGAGACCAGUCUCGUAUAUGACCAAAGAUAUGGAAAUGCUCUAUCAAAAUCCAAUCUUUUACAAACAGACAUUCCACUGGGAGCUGUCAUAGGCUGCACUCUUUUCAAUGUCUUCAUCAAUGACAUAGCUGAAUUAUUGCAGUCACGGGCGUCAAGUGCUUAA